CUAGAGUGACCCCAUUGGAUGUAUUAAUCUAAGAGAGUCCAUUAGAACUAGUCCUUUUUGACAGCUCUCUCUCAACGACUCACUGUCACUAUAAAACUCACCAUAUCAUGCAUGUACCAAAUCAUCACCUCCCCCAAAAAAAACCAGAAAAGCCAUCCAAGGCUCCUCUAGCCUUGACCAAAUUUUCUCUCUUCAUCCCCAAUUUUCCAGAGAAAAUUUGUGAAAUUUUGAGACGUUGAGCCGAGGUGCCGAGUAGCUCUCUAGCAAAACCCAUGACGACAAUGGGUGGCGGCUCCUCUUGGGGCCGUCUUUGGCCUCAAAUGGCAGUGGCUUUAGCAGCUAUACUAGUUGUGGUUUCAAGCAAUGUGGGUUCAGUUGAAGCAAAUGCUUAUCCCUACUCUUCACCCCCACCACCACCUUAUGUUUAUAGCUCACCACCACCUCCUGUUCACUCUCCACCACCGCCAUAUGUCUACAUGUCUCCACCACCUCCGUCACCGUCACCACCGCCGCCUUAUGUGUACAAGUCACCACCACCACCAUCACCAUCCCCACCACCGACUUAUGAGUACAAGUCUCCCCCACCGCCUUCUCCUUCACCACCACCACCUUAUGUGUACAAGUCUCCACCUCCUCCACCAAAAGAACUACCUCCGUACCACUACAAGUCUCCACCACCACCUUCUCCUUCACCGCCGCCACCUUACCACUAUACAUCUCCUCAACGUGUCUGA